AUGGAAGUCGGCGGCGGCGGCAAGCACUUCGUGCUGGUGCACGGCCUCUGCCACGGCGCGUGGUGCUGGUACAAGGUGGCCACCGCGCUGGAAUCCGCCGGCCACCGCGUGACGGCGCUGGACCUGGCCGCGGCGGGCGCCCACCCGGCGCGCCUCCACGAGGUGCGCUCCUUCGAGGACUACUCGCGCACGCUGCUGGACGCGGUCGCCGCGGCCCCCGACGGCGACAGGCUGGUCCUCGUCGGCCACAGCCACGGCGGCCUCAGCCUGGCGCUCGCCAUGGAGAGGUUCCCGCACAAGGUCGCCGCCGCCGUGUUCGUGGCUGCCGCGCUGCCGUGCGUCGGCAAGCACAUGGGCGUCACCACAGAGGAGUUCAUGAGAAGAACUGCUUCUAAAGGGCUGCUCAUGGACUGCCAAGUGGUGCCCAUCAACGACGGCGCCGACACCGGCCCCGGCAGUGAAGCUGCCGGCGGGAAGAAAGGGGUAGCGAUCGUGAUGGGUCCAAGGUUCAUGGAGGAGAAGUACUACCAGGAGAGCCCGGCGGAGGAUCUGACCCUGGCGAAGAUGCUGGUGAGGCCCGGGAACCAGUUCCUGGACGACCCGGUGAUGAAGGACGAGGCGCUGCUCACGGCCGCCAACUACGGGUCCGUCAAGAAGGUGUUCGUGGUCGCCAAGGCCGACGAAUCCAGCACGGAGGAGAUGCAGCGCUGGAUGGUGGAAAUGAGCCCCGGCACGGAGGUCGAGGAGAUCGCCGGCGCCGACCACGCCGUCAUGAACUCCAAGGCCACGGAACUUUGCGACGUCCUUGGAAGGAUAGCCAGCAGAUGCGACUGA